UUUCAGCAGCCUGUAUGCACAACACUUUCAGUAACUCAGAAUAAAACUACGCUUUGAGUGGGACACAAGAAAGGAGAUAACGCUAUUUUUCAUUUCUGGGACAUGGAGGACGACGCUCCUGUAAUUUACGGCCUCGAAUUUCAGGCCCGGGCGCUCACUGCCCAGACAGCUGAAACAGAUGCCAUUCGUUUCCUUGUGGGUACACAGUCGUUGAAAUUUGACAACCAGGUCCACAUCAUCGACUUUGAUGAUGAGAAUAACAUCAUUAAUAAGAACGUUCUCCUGCACCAAGCUGGGGAGAUAUGGCACAUUGGUGCUAGUCCUGCAGAUAAGGCUGUUCUUACCACCUGCUAUAACAAAACCAGCGACAGCAGGGUGGUGUCGUGUGCGGCGGUGUGGCGGAUGCCCUCAGACUGGGAGACAGGAAGCAACGAGUCACCUGACGACUCCGCCCACAACCCACAGACCCUGGAGCUGCUCUGUCGCCUUGACAACAGUGCCCACAGCAACACUACCUGUGUUCUUUGGGAGCCCAUGGGAGAUGGCAAGCGUGUGAUAUCAUUGGCUGAUAACCAUGCAAUACUAUGGGACCUGCAGGAGAGCUCGACACAGGCUAUGGUCUCCAGCACUGCCACUCUUGAGGGCAAAGGGCAACUGAAGUUCACGUCUGGCAAGUGGAGCCCCCAUCACAACUGCAGUCAGCUUGCCACAGCAAAUGACACGGCCAUUCGUGGCUGGGACCUGCGCACUAUGAGCCAGAUCUACUGUAUAGAAAAUGCCCACGGACAACUGGUGCGUGACCUGGACUUCAACCCAAACCGCCAGUACUACCUAGCCAGCUGUGGAGAUGACUGCAAGGUCAAGUUCUGGGAUGUCCGCAACGUCCAGGAGCCCAUUAAGACCCUGGAGGAGCAUUCCCACUGGGUGUGGAGCGUACGCUACAAUCACAGCCACGACCAGCUGGUGCUGACAGCCAGCAGCGACAGCCGCCUCAUCCUGUCCAACAUGGUGUCCAUUUCGUCAGAGCCCUUCGGACACCUGGUGGACGACGACGAGCUCAGCGACGGCGAGGACGGCCAACAGGAGAAGAGUAAGGAGCCCCUAACAGACAGCGUGGUGUCCACCUACGAGGAGCACGAGGACAGCGUGUAUGCGGUGGAGUGGUCCUCGGCGGACCCCUGGCUCUUCGCCUCGCUCAGCUACGACGGACGCCUCGUCAUCAACCGAGUCCCACGCGCCCUCAAGUACCGCAUCCUGCUGUAGGAGGCCAGGCGGGAGUGUGUGUGUGUGUGUGUGUGUGUGUGUGUGUGUAUGUUAAAGAGAAACGGACCAUUCAUCAUACAUCAUUAUAUGUCAGCCAUACAUGGCCACCAGUUAACAAUCCAUUACACUUGGUCUGCUGUAUAAAACAUGACAAACCCAUGUGGGGGCAGUAAUGGCAAAGUAAUGUUGAUCCCACUGCAUUAUGGGUAUGUUUUAUUGAACACUGUCACCUAAAAAAACCCCAGCUGGGUAUUCUCUGUCUAGUAUCCCUAAUUAAAGUGGCGAGACCAUGACUGUUGGGAUAGAUUUUUGGUGAUCUUGCAGCCAUGAUGCACAAGCAGUGUACAGGUGGUUUUAAAGGUGCUGUAACUGUGUCUUUAUUCUUUUAACCUCUCUUAUCUGCACUUUUUUACUUUUCUAUCUAACACCGUCCUCUAGAAAUUCACAAAAAGUAUUGUUUUAUUUUUGUGUUCAUAUGAAUGUUUUUUUUUCUUC